UUGUCCUUCUUGCUGGCCAGGAAGGGGGGCCAGAGUCCGGGUUUGAUUCAUCUCCCACCUCACCAAGGCUGAGAUUCCAGCUUUGCAACAGAAAACAACACUUCAGGCCCAGCGCAGCAGAAGUCACGGAGAGGAAACUCUCUAUUGCUUCCCUCUACCAUGGAUUACCUCCCGUCCUUGAACCCCAAAGGCCUACUCAGAUCAGUAUCCAGCAUGAGCUCCGAGUUUGGCCGUAGAGUCUGGACCUCAGCUCCACCACCUCAGCGACCUUUCCGUGUCUGUGAUCACAAGCGAACAACCCGGAAAGGCCUGACAGCUGCCACCCGCCAAGAACUGCUAGAUAAGGCACUGGAGGCCCUGCUGCUGAGAGGCGUGCUGAUGCUGGUACUGGAAGAGGAUGGCACUGCUGUGGAGAGUGAGGACUUCUUCCAGCUGCUGGAGGACGACACAUGCCUGAUGGUGCUGGAGCCUGGGCAGAGUUGGAGCACUGCUAGGGGUGGGAUGCUGUCAUACGGCCUGGGCCGAGAGAAGCCAAAGCACAGUAAGGACAUUGCCCGCAUCACCUUUGAUGUAUACAAGCAAAACCCUCGAGACCUCUUCGGCAGCCUAAACAUCAAAGCAACAUUCUACGGGCUCUACUCUAUGAGCUGUGACUUUCAAGGAGUGGGUCCAAAAAAAGUACUCAGGGAGCUCCUCCAUUGGCUCUCGAAGCUGCUGCAAGGCCUUGGCCAUAUACUGCUGGGAAUUUCCUCCACCCUUCGGCAUGUGGUUGAGGGGGGUGAGCACUGGCAGCGUCAGGGUCGCCUCCAUCCCUACUGAUAUGGGGGUCUGAGCUUUUGCCCCCAGGCCUGUCCGAUGAGCCAUGCUGUGAGGACUGUGACAGCACCCAGUUUCGGGACCUGUAACAGUGCUGACUGAACAACAUCCGAUUUCCCCAUUGUCCUCCGACCCCACUGUGAUAGAACCCAUCAGCACAAUGCCUCACUCCCUCAACCGAACUCUUUCCCAAGGGUCCCAUCCUGCCCUACCCACAUCUGCAGCCUCCCAUUUACCCUGAAAGGUACCACCUAUUCCCAGGCACCUAGAUUCCACCCUGAAGUGCUGCUAAUCCUUACCAACUCCCCUGUCCCUAAGCUCCCCACAAUGAUGACUGCCCUCUCUGACUCUGAGAUUUCUAUUUCCUUGUACUUUCACCUAUAAGUAAAAUUCCAAUAAAAAUAUAAAAAUGUU